UCGAGAGCGGGGAGGUCCCAUUGUUGUAGUUGCCGGCUUUUCUCGUCUUCCGCGACCGCCGCGGACGUGGUGCUUGUGUGUCCGUGAGGCCGCGUGUGUGGAGCUCGGUGUGCCCGGAGCCCCGGUGUGUGUGUCCUCACUGUCACCCCCCUCGUCCUCCGUGUACUCGGUCGACACUUAUGAGUCCUGCCAUGUUUACUCCGUCCCAACCUUGAGUCCCGAAAAGAAAAAGAUGUCACAUGUGAAAGAAAUCAUUGUGCUAGAUGAUGAUGAAGACGAGGAAGAACCACCACGUCCCACAAAAGCCAAGGCCACUGCCUGUAAUUCAUCGAAGCAGACCAACGGAAAGCAGGAAGGAAGCAGCAGCCAGCCGAGCAAGGCCCAAGCGAUAAGUGCCGAAAACAAGAAGCUCUUUAAUGAGUUUGUUGAGUACUGCUCAAAAUGGACUCCGGAGCACCCGGAGGUGAUCUCCUUUCUUCAGGGAAGAUACGUUAAGGCCAAUCCCUCCUAUCUCUCCUCUGUUGAAUUCCGAAACACCCUGGGCCGCUGCCUCUCCCGAGUGCAAACCAAGCGAUCGAAGAUCUUUGUUUACAUAAAUGAACUGUGCACGGCCCUUAAGGCGAAUUCACAGAAACGUAAGGUCAGCCUUCAGACACAAGCCAUCCAGCCCGCUGCCACAGAGAAAGCAGACACGCCCAAAGAGAGUGAUGCGGAAGCAGAGGAUGCGCCAGCAAAGAAAAUCGGCUCCAAGCGUCAGAUUCGCUACCUGGAGAACCUCCUUAGGACAUACUCUCAGGAGAUAAAUAAGCUCCAGGAGAAAGAGCUGAGUCUGGAGGACCUUGAAGAUGAGGACUCCACCUACAUCCAGGAGUCCAGGCUCAAACGCAAAUUGCUGCGCAUAUUUGACAAACUUUGUGAGCUAAAAGACUGCUCUAGCUUUACCGGCCGGGUUAUAGAGCAGAGAAUACUCUACAGGGGUACCCGUUAUCCGGAAAUCAACCGCCGCCUGGAAAAGUUCAUCAAUAGUACCCGAGACCUCUUUCCCGAUUAUGGGGACAUCCUCCGACUGGUUGAGCGGGCGAAUGAUAAGCAUAGCUUAGGACUGUCACGCAAGCAGAUGCAAAGCAUGUCCCAAGAUGCCUUUAGGGAACUUGGUAACAAGCUCCAAGACAGGAGACAUUUGGAUAUGAUUUAUAACUUUGGCUGCCACCUGACUGACCCCUAUAAAAGUGUUAAUGAUCCUGCUCAGCAAGACACAAGUUUGUCGCGGCGUCUGCGUGAAAACCGUAACACGGCAAUGUCUCGCCUGGAUGAUGUGAUCAAAAAGUAUGCACAAUUGCAGGAUGACGACGAGGACAGUUACAGGAAGAAAACGAGAAGGGGAUCUGAAAGGAUUCGACAGUCGUCAUCGGGGUCAGAAGAAGAAGAAGAAGAGUCACAAGAUUCUGAGACUGAUAUUGAGGAAGAACUGGAGGAAAGUAAUAAAAUGCCGGAGAGUGAGGAGGGGGAGAAUGAGGAAGAAGAAGUUCCUGCUGAGCAAGAAAAUGAAGCCGACCAGAAGAUGGAUAUGGCGUCCGUUGGUGAGGGGGAUGUGGAAAAAGACAAAGGAGGAAGUGAGGAUAACGACAAUGCAAUGGAUGAACAGGAAGAAGCAACAGAACAGGAAUCUUCUCCAGUAUCGACAUCUUCUUCCCAUGAUAAAGACUCUUCGAAUACACCCAUGGAGUCAGAGGUGGAGGCGCAGCUUUCGGUUUCUCCUGACCUCCCAGCAAGCAAUGACAGCCCUGCAAAAGCCGAGUCUGAUGAUGAGCAAAGUGAAGAGCAGGAGGCCUGUGUCACCACCACCACUAACGCUGGAGAUCAGAUGGAGGAUGAAGGACACAAUAACCUGGUGCUAAGUCCUGUGGACGAUGGGUUAAAGGAAGUGAACGAAGAUGCAGAUGAGUUUUUGAAUUGCAAAGAGAAUACUGAACAGCAGAAAAGCACUGAAGAGUGUUUAUUGUCAGAUACGCCGAUGUCAUCAGUGGAAAAAGACAACUCUGAACAAGAUGGUGAAGACGGCACAGAACCUAGAGAUGACCUGUCGUGUGAGGGAGAUGAUGGGGGGAUUGGUAGUGAUCCACCCGGGUCUCCUGUGCUCCAAGAAGACAGUUGCACAGAAGAGCCUAGUGAGAGAAGGGCGAGUAUAGACAGUGAAGACGUGAGUGUGGAAGAGAAGCCAGUCUGUACAGAUACCGCCGGAAAUGAUGAUGAUGAUGACGACGACGACGACGACCCUGCAGAUGACACAGCAACCAGUGGAGAUGAGAUAACUUUAGAUAGUCCUGUGGUGGAGCAUCAAGAUGCCGAUACCAAUGUCCACACGGAGGCAGGUGACCUGGAUAGGUGUGAAAAUGAAAUAAACUGUGAAUUGUCACCCUUUGGGAGCAGCAAUGGAGUACACGUGGCCACAAAGGCGCGAAGCAUAUUAUUAAAUCGCCUGAAACUUAAAAAGGAAGCGGCGACCCACAGAGACUCUUAUAAGCCUAAAAAUACAGAAGAAGACAGCCCCCCGCCUAACAGGAAAAGGAAAAACAUGUCCUCUGAGAACUGUACUAAGAAUAACGGGCUAACAAGGUACAAUGGAAAAGAAUAUACCGAGGACCUCCGAGAGAGAAACUGCAAAAGAGCCAAGAUAGACUGCUCGUACACUUCUCUCUCUAGCUCCUCCGACUCCGAUAGCGAUAUUGAGGAGGGCGACACUCCGGGCCUGAUGAUGACCUGCAGCCCACGGGAGACCCCAACCAAGCCAAACAAGAAGUCUCAUGUCUCCACGCAGUAUGACCCGGAUGAAGUGAUUGUCCUCUCUGAUUGACCCCCUUGUACAGUAGACCGGAGGCCGGAGUCUGGGACCAUUGUUGUGUGUUGUGUCUGGAUAUUAGAGGAGUAGCAGCAGCCGCUGAACGCUAACCGUGUGGAAGCGGGCAGGUGUUUUGGGGUUUAGGCGUGAUUGACUGGGGGUGUGCACAUGCUCCCCGUGGUAGGUAGUUAGGUCUGGGAGCUCAGGGUAUGGAUGCCUGGAGUCAUCAUGUUCGGGUGUUAGCAGAUGGCUCUCUGGAGAAGAGUGCAUUACGUUUUUGACUGGACACGACACUUGAAUCUUUUAACUAUCUCCCUGGGUUUUGGAUAUCUUCUCUGGUAUAUUACCUUCUUUACAUUUCUUUUGUAAAAAAAAAAAAAAAAACAACUUUCAGAAUAAAUCUUUCUUUUAUUA